AUGAAGACGAAACUCGAUUAUAUCAAGGGACUAGACUCGAAAAUUCUGGAUGCUACAGAAAACGAUCAUUUGGAAGAGACAAUAGUUGAAGCUGACGAUUACAUUUUCUCACAAACGGAGAAAGUUAUGAGGAUCGGCGCCAUUUUGGAUACGCCCCCAACGCCGGUAAGCAUUGACACUUCUUUCUCUACCGCUAGUUCGUCCACCCCGAAAAGGAAAGUGAAGUUACCAAAUCUAAACCUGCCUGAGUUCGACGGAUCCAUCCUACAAUGGACACAAUUCUACGAUAUGUUUCGUUCUACGGUUCACGAGGAUACUGCCAUGGACGACAUUCAGAAGUUCUACUACCUCAUUCGGCAACUCACGGGCGAGGCCGCCCGACUCCUUAAAGGAAUGCCGCUUACUGCCGCGAAUUACAAGGAGGCUCUCGAACUCUUACAAGUCCGUUACGGGAAGCCGCACAAGAUAAUUGCAACCCAUAUGAAGGGCCUGUGGGACAUUGCGACGUCCCUCAGCAAUGCACAGAGCCUCCGGUCCUUCUACAAUACGGUAGAAAUGCACAUCAGAGGGCUCAAAGCCUUAGGAAAGGAUGAAAGUACAUACGGGGAACUUUUAACACCGAUGAUUCUGGAAAAAUUGCCGGAUGCUAUUCGAAUGCAAAUCUUGCGAGAACAUGGAGAUAACGCUUAG